AAGAGCCGGGGGAAAUCAUAACCUGGCUGGCUUUAUUUGUGAUAAGAAACAGCUGAUUAGAAGUAAACAGCUCGUUAAAGAGUUACACGGACUGAAAAAUUACAGUCAUAAUAAUACGCAUUCAGUGUUUUAUCGACGGUUCUUUCCUGUUUUUACUUAUCUUUGUUUUGGAAAGCUGAUUUUAUUUAUCAACACUGUUUAUUUUUGUUCGGGCUUCAGAUGACCAUUACUAUGACUUCUGACACAUCGCCUAGUGAACAGGUUAUUUUAGCGACUGGGGGAUAUGACCACACAAUUAAAUUGUGGCAAGCCCACACUGGAAUAUGUCAACGAACAGCACAGCACACGGAAUCUCAAGUGAAUGCUCUUGAUAUAACUCCAGACAAGCAACAUAUCGCAGCAGCAGGAUAUACACGUAUUCGAAUGUAUGAUCUGGCCUCUAACAAUCCAAGUCCAGUUGUCAACUAUGAAGGGCUCUCCAAAAAUGUUACUAGUGUUGGAUUUCAAGAAGAGGGUAAAUGGAUGUACACUGGAGGAGAAGACCUCAGUGCCCGUAUAUGGGACUUAAGGUCUCGAACACUCCAGUGCCAGAGAAUAUUUCAAGUAUCUGCCCCAGUCAACUGUGUCUGUCUGCAUCCUAAUCAAUCAGAACUUGUUGUUGGUGAUCAAAGUGGAGUUAUCCAUCUCUGGGAUCUGAAGACAGACCACAAUGAACAGUUGAUUCCUGAAGCAGAUGCUUCAAUUCAAAGUAUUGCUAUGGACCCCCUAGGGAACCUCAUGGCAGCUGUUAAUAACAAAGGCCGAUGUUUCAUAUGGAGCCUUAGUGGUGGUGGUUCUCAAGAACCAACUAAACUCAACCCGUGCCAUAAGAUAGAAGCUCAUCCCAAGUUCGCACUUAAAUGUGCCUUCAGUCCAGAUUCUUCGCUCCUGGUGACAACAUCUGCUGAUCAGUCUGCCAGAGUAUGGCGCACAAGUGACUUUACAUUGCAAACAGAGCUCAAGCAAGAGGGGCAGAGGUGGGUCUGGGAUGCGGCAUUUAGUGCAGAUUCGCAGUACAUAGUAACAGCAUCUUCUGAUGGUAUAGCCCGGCUGUGGAAUAUAGAGAAAGGCACUGUAGAAAGGGAAUACAGCGGCCACAGUAAGGCAAUAACGUCUCUUGCAUUCCGAGACCAAAUUGUAAAUCCUUAAAUAAAGCCCCUUGAACCAUUCAUUUGUUAAA